AUGAAGAAGAAGAAUCAAGAGAAACAGGGGCGUGACCCAGAUCGUGAUAACCCAAGAAACACUGCAAGUAAUUUGGAUGCUAAUGAUUUCAUCAGUCGUCUACCUAACAAUAUCCUUUACCAAAUCAUUUCCUUGCUGCCAUUUCGAUCCGCUGUUCGAACCACGUUUCUUUCUACUCAGUGGAAGGACCUUUGGAAAGAGAUUGUGUUGGAUUCGGUACAUGAUGUAACAAUGGAACGUGUUGUAGUUCUUAUAUUUAGAUUUCUUAAUGAUUUUGCUGAACAACAUGGACCAAGAAAUAAAUGGGGGUUCCGCAUUAACUUUGGCUAACGUAGAGCUCUCUUUGCUACCAUUGCGACUUGGUCCUGAUUUCUCUACCGGGA